GCCGCAUAACGUGCAGCUGUGAAGAAUCGACAUAAGUUUCGUGCCGCGCACGCGAUGUCUGUCCACAAUCAUUCGCCGUGUGCAGCAUCAUGGACCAAGACAAGAGAGGCGAACAUCGCAAGCACUUUCCGGAGAGACCACGAACAAGUGAACCUCCAGCAUACGCACCAAUCCCACAUGUCGUCGCUAGUUCAAGGGCACAUACCGUUGAGUGUACAUUCAACAUCCGCGAGCAGAUCUUAGCCAACGCUCGCGCAUUAUGGCCCAUUGCAGAGCGCCAACACGGGUCGAUUGAACAUCACAAGAGCUUCAUACCGUACUUUGAACUUGUCAUCUACGGAGAUUUGCCCAAGAUCCGCGCCGAGGUCGUGUGGUGCUAUAACGAUGUUGAUGCAUCUGUUGGUCAGAAGUUCAUGUUCCUCACUACGCCAGACGCAGGAAGUGCUGAGGAGGCCCUUUCCUUACUCCUCCGGCUCUGCAUGGCUUUGAUUAGCAGGUACCGGGCCGGCUUUUUCUUCUACGAGACUGGGACUACUUACAGAACUGUAGGGUCACUAGGAGGCUGGUACGAACCGACUGCGGACUGCGGCCGCUUCGUGUCGAAGAAGCUCAAGAAAUGAAUCAUAAC